AUGAAGAAAAAUCGAAGCCCUGAGUUUCCCUGGGAGAGAGGCCUUAGCUUCAAGAAUCUGAGGAAGAUAAUAUAUCUAGGGACCCAGGACAAGUGGCUCAGCCCAGAAAUAUUGCAUUCAAUUACGAUGAAGGAUAUUGACGAAAGUCUUAAGAGAGGCUUAACCUUAAACAGGUUUCUUGGCAUAAUUGAGAAGGAUCGAGUCAUUAUACAGUAUCUGACAUUACCCAAGUUUGAUCCGGUCUCCAAUAUGCUAUUGAGAGCAGAGUGCCAUGCUGCGGUGCUGCAUCGCCAAGACAAAGAUUGGUGGCUACUUGACUGCGCUGCUGAUAAGAGGAUCAGCCCCCUGCUAAAUAUCAAGAUGCCUUUAGGAGAGAGUGGGACCUCAUUCACUAAGGUAAUUGGAAACUUCCGAAAGGAGGAUAUAGGCGCUUGCUCAAGAGUGCGAGGAACAUGCAGAGGAAGUGUGACCGCAAAUAGCUUCAAGAUGGACAGGGAUCUAAGUAGUUCAAAAGCAUCAGAGGAGGAGAAGAUACAUACACUUAUCCAUUCAACUAAGAAAGCAAGGGACGCCAAUAGGGUGAAAUAUUUUACUCUAGAAUCAGAUUUGUUACUUGGCGAUUCAGCAGAUUAAGUAAGAAUUACCUAGAUAGAGCAGGCUCUAUAAAGAGAGAAACGGCGAGUUGAAUUGAUAAAGGAGCUUAGAGCAAAGAUAUGGCUACCAGAGGAGGGUGCAUUUCUAAAGGGUUUCCCAGAUGAAUCAAAGUAAUAGAUAGCCAGCAUUGCCUACAAAGAAGCCCUAUUGGGAGCUGCAGAUGGGUAACUGAAGAAAAUCAAGGAUGGUUUAGGUAUAGAGGCAUAUAGAAAUCUCGGAGCUGGAGGAGUCAAGGUGAACUAAGACAUGGCCUUGGAUUAUGUGAAGGAACGGCUGAUAGAUUUGCAGGAUGAAGCACUGACUGCAUUAGGACAAUGA